GCUUCUGGUUUCCACACAUAAAUACAAAAAGCGGAGCCGGUGUGAAGUCGGCAAACCAUUGGCACGAAGGCGAGGAGGUGUGCUACUGCGCGACGUUCUAGAGGCGUCAAGACGACGAGACACUCGGCCCAAAUUGCAGAGGAGCUUGGACGGCAUGCAAAGUUGUGAAAUCUCCUCAGACAGCACUGAUGAUCCUCUUAGUAGUGCCCUGCGUACACCUCGGCAGCCUCGAAUAGUCGUUAUCGGUGCUGGCUUGGCAGGCCUCGCUGCAACCAAGGUUCUGCUGAAGAGGGGCUUCACCGAUGUCACAGUCCUAGAGGCCUUAGACCACAUCGGUGGAAGAGUUCAUAGCAUUAAGCACGGUGAAACGGCUUUGGAGCUAGGAGCCACCUGGAUCCAUGGCAGCAAUGGGAACCCGGUGUACCACUUGGCUGAGGACAACGGGCUGCUGGAACAUACCACAGAUGGCGAGACGAGCGUGGAGCGCAUCAGCCUGUACACCAAAAACGGCGUAGCUCACUACCUGACCAACGUUGGCAAGAGGAUCCCCAAGGACCUGGUGGAGGAGUUCAGUGACCUCUACAAUGAGGUUUACGAGCUGACUCAGGAGUUCUUCCAGCACGGAAAGCCUGUGGGCGCUGAAAGCCAAAACAGCGUCGGCGUCUUCACACGGGAUGUGGUGCGCAAGCGGAUUACGAUGGAUCCUGAUGAUUCCGAGAGCACCAAGAAGCUCAAAUUGUCCAUGCUUCAACAGUACCUCAAGGUAGAGAGUUGUGAAAGCAGCUCGCCCAACAUGGAUGAGGUGUCGCUGAGUGAGUUUGGCGAGUGGACUGAGAUCCCUGGUGCACAUCAUGUCAUUCCGGCAGGCUUCAAUAAGAUUGUGGAGCUCCUUGCUCGAGACAUCCCUCCUCACACCAUCUGCCUUAGCAAACCAGUCCGCUGCAUCCACUGGAACUACUCAGCCCAGCACAACGAAUCAAUCGGCAAGAGCGAUGACGCAAUCCGGGACAACAAUCACAAUCGAAACGACAGAAGCAGCAAGGAUCCCCUCAAAAGAGGACAUCCCAUUUGCGUGGAGUGCGAAGAUGAUGAGUGCCUCAUGGCCGACCACGUGAUUGUGACGGUCUCCUUGGGUUUUUUGAAGCACACCCACGAAGCCAUGUUCUCUCCUUCUCUCCCCGAGGACAAGGUGCUGGCCAUUGAGAAGCUGGGCAUCAGCACCACAGAUAAGAUUUUUUUAGAAUACACCGAGCCUUUCUGGAGCCCCGAGUGUAACAGCAUUCAGUUUGUGUGGGAAGACGAUGCCCAGCUUGAACAGCUGACCUACCCCGAGGAGCUGUGGUAUAAGAAGAUCUGCAGCUUCGAUGUGCUCUACCCGCCGGAGCGUUAUGGCUACAUGCUGAGUGGCUGGAUAUGUGGUGAGGAGGCGCUCUACAUGGAGCGCUGCGAUGAUGAAACUGUAGCGGAGACAUGCACAGAACUGCUCAGGCACUUUACAGGGAACCCUGACAUUCCAAAGCCCCAGCGUAUCCUGCGCUCCUCUUGGGGUAGCAACCAGUACUUUCGAGGGUCCUACUCUUACACCAGGGUUGGCUCCAGUGGCGGAGAUUUUGAGAAGCUGGCAAUGCCACUGCCUUACGCCAAUAGCACCAAGUCUCCGGGACUGCAGCUAUUGUUUGCUGGAGAGGCCACCCACCGCAAAUACUAUUCCACUUCUCAUGGUGCAUUGUUGUCCGGACAGCGAGAGGCUUACCGGCUAGUGGAGAUGUACCAUGAGUGGCACAGUGCUGACACCACGAAGCCUAAUAUGUAAAAAUGGAGAUGGGUGAUAAGUUUAAGUCUUGGCGGACCUCCAAACCGGGGCUUUUUUUAAAAUGUCAUUUUAAGGAAUAAUUUCUAAUCAUUUUAGAUAUAUCAUAAUAUAUACAUAUAUAAAUAAUAUAUGGGCAUUAUUACUUUGGGUAAUGUUGUUUUUCUUGUACUGUAGAUAUGAAUCAUGCCACUUUCAUGUCAGGUGAGAUACUGUAUUCAAAGGUUGCCAAUGGUGCUCUCAUUUCUUGUCUUUACCACUAAAAAAAGAUGCUUUUUUUUUCAUACAAAACUCAUGUAAUAUCUUUAACAACAACGCACAGUUUUUUAAUGUAAGUGCCUUCUCUAUCUAAUGUUGUCAAAUAUAUAUAAAUUAAGAACUUUUUAACAAAUUAAAAGGUUCUACUGACUUCUCACAAGGCCAUUCUAUUGUCUUUUCAUUAACUUUUUAGGUUAUUUAGGUAGGUCCGGGGUGUCAAACAUUUUUCUCCAUGGGCUGCUUUCAGAAAAAUCAAAGGAUGAAAGGGCCAUCUUGAAAUUUUAUUUAAAUUUCAACUUUAUUACCCAGAGCAUCAGAAUCAAGCAAAAAAAAAAAAGAUCGGGUUUUUAAUGUGUUUGCUAUUUAUGCUAUUUGGCUGCCAUUGAUGGCGAUAGAUGUGUUGUCACUUUUGACAGGGGGAACCGGUUGUCAGACCCCCAAUCAAAUUGGAUUGGACGUCUAUCAGCGUCAAUGACUGUGAAACAUAAUCCCUCAAUACCAGCUUUCCUAGGUGAAAUGGAUUUGAUGUCGAAAACUGUCAGGUGCAUUGAAUGCGUUCAGGGCUACAAUUAACAAAAUAAGGUCUAAUGAAUGCACAUAUACAGUAGUACCUCCAUAUACAAAUUUAAUUCCUUCCAGGACCUGGUUUGUAAGUCAAAAUAGUCGUAUGUCGAGCAGGAUUUCCCAAUUAGAAUACAUAAUAAUUCGAUUAAUUCGUUCCACAGCCCAAAAACCUUUGCUAAAUCCUUCAUAAAUACUGCAGGUACAAUCACAAAUAGCAAUUACACAUAGCAAAACAAAUGUAUAGGCUGUAUUGGACCAUGGAAAAAGUGAUUAGAAAAUGGAUUUCGUUCCACUCAAGUGGGUCUACAUGAACUCUGCUAUAUAAUAUAAGAUGCUAAUUUGUACCAAUAACAAAAUCCUACUCACGGUUUCCAGUCAUUUUUUAUUAGAGUUUUUUUGUCGGUCUUUUUCGUUGAUAUUGAUACGGCGGAGUAGCAUAGUCAAUGUGUGAAGCUGUUUUAGGUCACGCACACCAAUAGGAGACGAGGAUUGUUGCCAUGGUUUCAAAAACACACAUGGCGUCGACCGCGUCUAGCUCAGACUCCAGCAAAUAUGAACAAAAAAUAAGGAAACCGCAUUCCAAAUUUAGUCAAAAGGCAUCCAAACGAUGGUAUAUGCAUCUCUCAUCUGUCCAAGGGCGAAAAAGAUCAGGUAUUUAGAUGAAAAUGGUGGAAACCUACAGAGCUUGCAUCAGCUUUAUCUCCAGGCUCCGUCGAAGGAUCUUGCUGAAAAUGAUAAACAUUGUGUCGACGUGGAUUUUUAACCACAUUGACAUUGACUACAGGUAAGCCACACACACGCCUUUUGUUGUAAAUAAUAAUGAGGUUUGGGGGGCUUCUGGUCAGAUCACAUACUUACAAUGUGAAUUCUUGGCUGUAACUGUGAUGGUCAUUUUAAGAAGUCACCUUUAUUACGUUUUAUUGUUUUACCUUGAGCAAAAAGUUCUAGUCUUGUAUAGCAUUGCCAUUAAAUAACUGGGAGGGGGUCUUUUGUGUUUAUAGAGAUGGUACAGCAUAUAAAAAAAUGAGGCAUUGACAAAAACCAGUCUUGAGUUUUUUUUAACAAUGGUCCUCACCAGCUGCAUUGCUGUUUAGGGCGAGAGCUGCACGGACUAUAACAUGAGAGCCCUGCAACGUAUAGUGAACACACUUCCUUGCCACCCUCUGGAAGGAGGUUCAGGAGCCUCCUUUCCAGAACCACCAGACUGACAAACAGCUUCAUCCAUCAGGCCGUCAGGAUGUUGAACUCCCUCCCAUCAUUGACUUGCACACAUACACGCACAGACCACUUUAAUCUUUAAUAUAUUACCUCAUAAGAACACCUUGGGCCUUGCAAUGCACAACAAUGGGCUGUCUCAAUUGUUGCCUGUCACUACAUCACUUUAUUAUUUUUACCAGUCAUGUUUGUGUUGUAAUUUAAUGUACUCUAUUUAUGUAUGUCUUACUUAUGUUAGUCCUAUUUAAUGUCAUAUGGAAUAGAGAAACGCAAUUUGUUUUACUUUGUAUGCCUUGUGAAUAAGAACAUGACAAUAAAGCUGACUGACUUUUCCCUAUAUUUUUUGUUUCAGGCAGGAUCUACUGAAGACAAAAAGGGAUAGAUGAAUAUGUGUAUGCGCAUGCACAUGCGUGUUCAAUUAAAAUAUCUGCAAAUACCUUUUUUGUAAGAAUAAGUUAAUUUUACGUCGGAUGACGAAAAGAUCGUGUAUCCAAGUGAUCGUAUGUGGAGGUACCACUGUACAGGCUAAUAGGCCAUAUUCAGUAAUAUUUUCCUAAUUCGCUGCUGGCCUAUAAAAUAGGGCAGCUGGCUGUAGCUGGCCUGGAUGCCAUACUUUUGACACCGCUGAUCCUGGGUGGAGAGGAAAUACAAACUGCUGGGGAAAAGAAAAGGUGACAAAAUUUUUGUUCCUGUAAAAUGAAGUAAAAAUCAAUAAGCAAUUUGACAGGUAAAAGUAAAGUGUUAAUAAGCCUGUCAAAUUUUAGCUUGUUUCCUGACCUUUGGUUGAAAUUGAAAAGGUAAUUCGGCUUUGAGUCU